GGGAGGUCACAGCGCUGCCGGGGACCGUCCCUGCGCCGAGGGAUGGGGGCUUGUGGCGCUGGAGAAGGGGGGUGGCUGCGCUGCCUGGGGGCAGCUGCCCAGACUGGUAACUGGCUUCUGCGGGAUUGUCUCUAAAUCGGAUUUGUCCUGGAGUCUGAGCGGUGUGUGAGGUGAGGGCAGGGAGCCAGAACCCGAGCAGAGCCUGCGCUGGGGCUGCUGGGUGGCCCUUGUCCCCGGGCAGGGGGAGCCUGCCGGCACUGGGGACAGGAGAGGUCGGGGCCAGGCGCGGCGGGAGGAGAGCUCCAAGGAAGAUGCAUGUGAUGGUCAAAACGUGGCUUUGACUCUGGUGGUCUGGGGGCAGCUGGGCCGCGGCCGAGGCGGUGGGACGGUUCAAGGAUGAACAGUCGUGGCUGAGGGCGCAAUCGUAGCCAGCGAGCGUUGGGACUGAGCUGAUGGAGAGCCCUGAGCUGCCGGGCUUGAUAAACCGCCUGUCCCAGCUUGCCCGACCUGAUGAGCAACGGCUUUAUCGUUGUGCAAGGUGCGGGGCUUGCAAGGUGCUGAUCCUGCCACCGGAGCCUUGCCCGUAAAGGUGCCGAGCGCUCUGCUGGGACGGCGCUGGCCGCGCUGGCGGUGGCAGCGGAGCGAGGACGGUGCCGGUGGGCGGUUGGGGAUGCGGUGGAGGAGCGGCAGCUGGCAGCACCCUUGCUAUGUCAGCGCGGGCAGCUCUGGCUGCAGCCCGGGAACCGUCUGGAUAGACGUGACCCGCCGAGAAGCGCUCACGUGCCUUUCCAGCCAGAUCGGUGUCACGGUCUGCAGCACUGUGGGGCACGUCCCGCUGCCUGCUCCUCCCUGCUGCGUGCGGGCCGCUGCUCUGACCCUGCUUGCUGUUGUCCGUGAGUCUCAGGCUCGCUGCGUCUCCACAAAGGUCCAUCAAGAUGUUACAGGUACCGCUGCCCCUGGAUCGAGACGGGAUCCUCUUUCGGCUCCGUUUCACCACGCUGGCCAUUGGGACUGUGUUUUGCCCGCUCUUUGGUUUCCUUUUCUGCGUGAUCUGGUCUCUGCUGUUCCAUUUCCAGGCGACAACAGCCACCCAUUGCGGGCAAUCCACGAAAAUGCCUUCAUCGUCUUUAUCACGUCGGCUCUGGGCCACAUGCUCCUGACGUGCAUCCUCUGGAGAAUGACUAAGAAACACACAGUAAGUCCCGAGGUACAGAAACUUUUCUUUCUUCUCUCUGUGCAGUGCUGCGUGCUGGCAGGCGGCUCCCGGCUGGCGGGGGGGUCACACUUUUGAUUGUCACUCGCUUGUGACACAGCUGGGAGUGAAGAAGUUCCACCAGGUGGAACGGGGAAACCUGGUCGCCAGAAUUCAUGAUUUGCCAAAACCAAGUGGGGAGGAAUGCUUUCCUUUCCUAUUUUCUGGUUUUCGCUUGGAGCUGACAUUUGAAAACUGCCCCAUUAGCGUCCCCGUGGGUCGGGUUUGCUGCCCCCUUCUCCUUGCCCAUGGAGGCCCGUUUCUGAGCUGAAAUCGCCUUUUUUUGUGCCAGGGAAUCUGCUGGUCUCACAAGUGGGGAACAGCUGCCAGCAGCAGAUGUUGUGAUAGCUCCAGGACUUGCUGCACGGAGCAGGGCUGGGGGUCUGGUUCUCUGCAAGGGGCCUGCUGGGCUCAGGAACUCACCGGUCAGGAUCCAGCUGGGAAUUCUGGCUCCGUCAGCUGGAUGCCGCUCUGUGCCCUGAGCGCGGCCGCCGCCGGGCAGGGCAGGGCACGCAGCUCUGAAACUCCCUGGGUGCCCCCGGCACGCUCGGCACUGCGGGUUCUCUGGGCUUCCCGCACCGCUCUGCCCUUUUCCCCUCGAGGAUGCCUCUCGUCCAGCUGAUUCCCAGUCCGAGCCCUGCAGUCCCCAUUCCCAAAUGGGGAAGGGUCCCCGGGGCUCCCUGGGUGGUGCCACCCCAGGAAGGUGAUGGCUGUGCAAAGCCGAGACGCUCAGGGGGAACUGUCAGAGGUGUGUGCUCUUACCCGGGCCGGGAAGCUGGUGUGGGCUGAAGGGAUGGGAUAAAGGGAUACCGGGAUCCAGGGCAGGGUGGGUGCUGUGCUUGGGCUCUGCCCAGACCCGCCACGCGUGUCCCAGCAGGAUGAGUGCUGGGCGGGGGCUCUGCUCGGACAGUUACAGAGCUGAGGUUCCUGCUCCAUCCCGGCUGUUUAUCGUCCACUUCCAGCAAUUCACUGAGCCCAUCCCCUCGCUGGCUCGUUUCAGACCUGGAAAAGCCUCUUUCCAGCAGUUGUGUGGCUGCAAGAUUCCCCAGGAAAGGGGCUUUUGGGGAUCAUGGGGUUCCCCUCUUGCUGGGAAGCAUCUCUGGUGAUACAGGGAUAAUGGGAGCUCAGCAGCCGCUCCUUGGCAGUUCUCCUGCAGCUUCCUCUCUUUCACCUUUACCUUGUCGGGGGUUUUGAUUUUUUUAA